CAGUCACAAACCACAAUCACCAACUUGUUGGUGCUUCCUCGUGUACUGAAGAAUUUCAACCCCAGUUCAUUUUUACCCUGACCACUGUGGUCCACUAUGCAAAUGCAAAUUACCUGAAUCAGGCUGCUGGUGACUCACCAACUCCCUUUUAAAGCAAUGCUGGGCUCAAGGCAGUGGCUGCGGAGGUCCAAAGCCAUGGCUCCCAGACUCUGUUUCUUCUACUGGCUAUUGGUCUGCUGGCUGGUGGUAACUGUGGCAGAAGGACAAAAUAAUGUAGACCCUACAGACUGCCAGAUCUUUACUCUCACUCCUCCACCCACCACAAGGAAACCAGUGACGAGAAUCCAGCCCAUCACAAGGAGACCCAAGAUUACUUUCCAUUUUCUUCCACCACGAUGGCCCAGAGUCCACAAUGGGUUUCCAAACAGACCUUUCCUCCCUCCAAAGUGCCACCACCGUUUUCAGUUCCGUCCAUUUGUUUGGCCACACAGUCGCUUUACUCCUCAUUAUUUCCCUAGAAGAAGACUCCGGAGAGGGAGCUCAUCUGAGGAAAGCAGAAGGAAGAGGGAAGCCCCACACAUGCUGAAGCAAAAGAAGCCAGUGCCUCAGAAAAGACUAUGAGAGUUGUGCUUUCUUUUUUCCAAAUUAAAACUAUUGGAUUUGAAGAUUGAGUAUCGUAAACACCACUAACUAGAAAUCGUUCUCCUUGUCAGCAGUGGAGAUACUGGUUUAUAGUUUAUUCGUGUUUGCACAAUAGGAGAAGUAAUACAUUAUUCUUAUCCCCAACUUUUUAUGAUCGCAGGAUAUGUGUACAAAUAAAAUCCUAAGAUGGGUGAUUCCAAUCAUUCUUAUCCAUACUGAGAUGCCAGGAGGAUCAGCUCUCUCUUCUAAAUGGUGAAAAUAUUGAAAUAAAUUGAGAUUGUUAUCAACCAAAUCAAGACAUUAAUGACACCUUUUUAUACUCACUGGAAAACGUACAAAGCAAGGUGCAUUCACAAAGUGAACUUUAAAAGAAAUUAUAGAAAACUGAAAGUUUUAUUUUAAUCUCUGUUUGGCAGUGGUGUUGAUAGUGGUUAUUUAUUCAUUAACUAUUAUUUAUUGAUUGAGGUA